UGGAUGGAAACACUUCUUCAGCUCAUACUCAUUUGAUAACGUAUACCAUUAUAAAGCUCGGAUGCAUCAGGAUAUUUAUUAAUAGUUCUCUGAUUGUCUUUGUCAGAAACAAGAAAGUCAUAUACACCUACGAUGGCUUGAGGGUGAGUAAAGCUUGAAGUAAUUUUAAUCUGAAAGUGAACUAAUCCUUUAAAUAAGCUUUGCAUUUACAGAAUAAGUUUUAACUAGUGCUUUGCAAAUAAAAUAGAGUAGGCUAAAUUAGGGCAGCUGUAUUUCCAAAUGGGGUGGGACUGUAAAAAAGCUUUGAAUUUAAAGAAACAGGCAGUUUAACCAGUGCUGAAUAAAAGUUGAUGGUGGGUUGCCAUGUAAAGAUUCAUGAGGAAUAACAGCAUUGUGCCAUUCAGUUUGAGAAGCUCCAGUAAACAUGAACAACCUGAAUGAUCCUCAGGACUGGAAUAUAAUGCCAGAGAGGCAGGGUGAUGGUGGUGGUGACAGCAGUAAGUGGAACUAUGCCCUCCUGGUGCCCAUGCUUGGGCUUGCUGCCUUUCGAUGGAUUUGGUCCAAGCAGUUUCAAAAGGAAAUUGAGGACGUCAAGGUCAAGAUGCAGAAGGACCUGGAUCUUGAACGUCAAGAAUGUUGUAACAUUAAGUUGGAAUGUAAAGCUCUAAAAUAUAAAAUAUUUAGGUUCCAUGAGGCCCUGAAAAAGGGAAAAGAGCAAGAGCAAGGAGCUUUAAAUGCUCUGAAUGAAGUACAGAAAUUGCUGAUGAAAAGGCAGAAGGCCUUUUGCAGUCCUUUUGUGUAUCGUUCAUGGAGGGAGGAUGAGGAGAGAGAGCUAAUGGCUUAUACAGCCAAACAUCCCCUUGCACAUCUGAAGAUGGAGAAUGAUCUCAUUGAUAUUUUUAAUAAUGAUCGCAGUUGUGCCGAGUAUCUCAACGCAGAUCCACAGAAAAAUGGAGGUCUCAUGUGGCUGUAUCUCAGAUACUGGCGACAACAGCUCACUCUUCAAACACACCAGAGAGCUGAAGCUAUACUCGGGAUACAGACAAAAAAGUGAGAGCAGAAACGAAUGAUGUGUUUUAAAAGACCAC